AUGAAUUCAAAAGUUAAGAUUACACCUGAUCAUAAACAUUCCAUUUUAACUCCAACAAACGAAGAGAUUAAAUUAUUUUUACUUUCUUCUAGUCUUCGUCAAAACAACCAAAAGCCUCAAAAUGACACACAGGAUAAUGUUUUAUCAAAACCACCACCACCACCAAAUAGAGGAGCAUUAUUUGUUAAGGAAUAUAGAUUUGCACAAGUUUUGUAA